AUGUGGCGUCUCCUUGUUAGUUGUCGCGGUGCGGGAAGACACGAGGCAUUGGCGUGCUCGCGACGUUUCCUGCGGCGAAGGGGGAAGCCGAUAAAGGAAGAAGAAGUCGUCGAGCCCGUCGCUCCAACUGAGGUGUCGUCAUUCCGUACGGGUGGCAUGCCGGCGGCACCCGAUAAUUCCUUGGAUAACAUUCGCGCGGAGAUACUCCGCAUGCGUUCGGAGCGUGCCGCAAGUAAAGAGAAGGUGAUGGGGAAGAGUGACGAUAAGAAGGAGGAGUCGCCGGUGGCUUCAGUCCGCAGCGAGGAGCCGUUAGCAAGUGCUGGUUGGAAUGAGUUUAUUGAAAAACUCCGCCCAAGUGAAGCAUAUAGCAAAGGCCAGGAUGUAAUGGAGUGUGUCACGGCUAAAGACCGAGCAGCGAGGCGGCAGCUUUUCCUGGAUGCGGAUGAAGUGCUGCGAAAGAAAAACAAGGAAGAUACACUUCGUUAUCUGCAGCUGGUGUUUAACCGUAUUGGGUCGUACCACCGCGAGGAAGUGAUGGAGGCCGUGCGUGCUCUGGCACGGUCAGUCGACGAGGAGGCACAAUGCAUAGAGACGCAGUCUCGUGGCAGUCACAAAGAGGGCGACGCUAUGAUGGAGCCUGUCACCAUCACCCGGGAAGAGGCGAGAGAGAUGGCAUGGGUCAAUGUGUUAUCCGGUAUGACGGAUGAGGAACUGCGAAAGCUCUGGAAAUGGGGCCUGUUGGAUUUUGACACAAUUGAGUCGCUGGCUGCUGCAGAUAAGAAUGACGAUGUUGGGGCUGUAGAUGUAAUCGCACGCCAAGGCGAUUCAGUAAGUGAGUCGCCCAUUGAUGUGGUUGUUGCUUCUGCAGCAGAUGGUGAAACGGAUAAAGAGGGUGAAGGAGAAGAAGAUGUUUACUUGGCAUCUCUUCCUAUUGAUCAAAGCAUUGAGACGCUGAAGAACAUGGGUGAGGCACAGGAGUUAACUGCGUGCGUGUGUGAGAACGUUUUCCUCGGGUUACCCACCAUUGAUCUUGCGCCAGCUAUGAACAAAGUACAGCAUAAGCAGUACGAGGACAUCUCUGAGCGUGAGUUACGGAUGCUGGAAUCCUACGAGGAAAAAAAGUACAUCAUCAAGUUCCCAGCGUCCGUGUCUACGGCACCCACACCUAACGCGUCGAAAACAAAUGCUGGGGAAACGACUUCAACGGUGCAGUCAUCUGGGAGUGUGGCCCCUCCUCUGGUGGCUGAGAAGACGUCUCCAUCCAAGAUGGAGGUGACAGAGGCACUUAUGGACCGCGCCCUCUGCCCGUCAAACCGCUUUCUGUACGCUGUUAGUCGCCACGACGCGGAGCUGUGCCGCUCCUUCGAGGGCAUGGAGCGAAUCAAACGCCGUGCCUUGCUUGACCCAGUCUUUCAGGCCGCUGUGGAGGAGGCACACGUAUGGGAGGAGAUGUCUGUGCAGCCGCAGCUGCAGCAGGACGGUGUGGAUGACGACAAGAGCAGAAAGGGCGCUGGGACGCGCAGGCAGCAGCGCCGACUUCGCCGCGUGCAAAGUGGCGGUCCCUUCGCCAAGCCACAACACGCUGCAGACAUCCCGUACUUCUACGGUAAUGUGCGCAGUUUCGUGCCGCCGCGGGGCCGCUACAACAUGCCGGCGCCACGCCUCUCGCGGGAGGAAUCCGCGCAGCUGCGGCACCCAGAGAGGAAGAAGUCGCGCAUCCGCUACAGUCAGUAA